CUUCUUAUUUCCUUCUUUCUUUUGCUUUUGGGCUGUGUACAUUCUUCUUCUUCAUCUAUUUUAUUUUACACACACACAUACACACACAUACGCAUACGCAAACGGAUAAUGAUAAAGAGCUUGUCAUCGCUAUUGGUGGUGGGGUGGGUGUGGGCAUGGGCACAGGCAGAGGCUUGCGACCCUCCAUGCAGCAUUGGCUUGAAGAAUGAACUGUUUAAACUGCAUAAACUCGAAGUGACCGCUCACUUGCAAAAACCGCUGCCACUCUCGGUCAGAGGCGUCCACAGAAGAGAGAUUACCAUCAACAAAUUGACUGGGACGGGCGCUGAUGGAGGCACCUUGUUUGCUUAUCAGGGAGCCGUGGAAAUUGGAACUCCGCCACAGCCAAUGUCCGUCCUCUUUGAUACGGGCUCUUCCCAACUCUGGGUUCAGACUACCACCACCACUGGCGACAUUAACCGCAACGGUCGCCGCUUUGAUCCGGCAAAGAGUUCCACCUUUCAGGCAACCUCCCAACAAGCAGAUCCCAUCGAGUACGUUGAUGGAACCUCGGUCCAGGGCAUCUUUGUAAAGGACACUGUCGCCAUCAACACCCUGUCUGUCCCCAAUCUCCAAUUUGAGGCAGCUACCUCCAUCAAAUCCCCAAAUCAAAAUACCUCGGAUAUGGACGGCAUCAUGGGCAUGUCCUUUUCCCUUCCUACCACUGCGGGCGGAACGGCUUCUCCAACCUGGUGGGAACGCGUCGUCAGUGCAAACCAGGUCACUUCCCCUGUAUUUGGCUACUACAUUGACAGCACAAAUCAAAAUGGCGGAUUGACGCUUGGGGGCGUGGAUGCCGCGCGAUUCACCGGUGGUCUUACUUGGCUCCCUGUGGCGGGAUCCGGUCCCAACGGCAAGGAACCCUUUGUCUUUUGGCAGUCCCUCAUGACCGCCGUCUCGUUUCCCGGCUCCUCUCGCACCAUCAGUCUCCCAUCCAACUUUGCCACCGUCUUUGACACUGGAACCUCGCUCGCCGUCCUGCCCGUCCAAACCGCCGACCAAAUCAACUCGAUGCUCAACUUGCAGCGCGUCUCCAACUCUCCCCCCUUUCUCUAUGCCACCGCGUGUCCCGGCGGCAAGAUCCCGUCUGGCUUUCCCGACAUUAAAUUUGAAUUCACGGGUGGGCACUUUGUCACGAUUAGCCCGCAAGACUAUCUCUUUAUGCAGCCGACCGACAUUGCCGGUGUCACUGCGUGCGUCAGCGGAUUUGCGGGACAAGACAUUCACGGCGGAUCCACCACUUCCCGCCCUGGCCAAGCCCAACCCCUCCUCCCCUCUGCCAUUUUCGGCAACGUUUUCCUGCGCGCCUUUUACACCGUGUUUGAUUCCGCUAAUAAACAGAUUGGCGUUGCUGCUGCCAUUCGUGACCCGAAUGUCCGAAGCAAUUUGACGGCCGUCCCACCUGGGAAUGGUGUCCUGGGCACUGGAUCCUCGAAUUCGGCAGCGUCCACCGUCCAAUACAAAACUGUAUUAUUUGGAGUGUUGACUGUGGUGGCUAGCUUUAUUGUAAUCUGAAAACUGCAAUGCUAGCUCUUUCCACAUUUGUUUUGUAUGAAAAAGAGAGAGAGAGAAUUGUUUAUAGCCAAUUAUGUGCAAAUUGUCUAUUGAUUUCUUUGUGUGUAUAUAUAUAUAUAAACGAGUGGGUUGCAAUAGAUGAUGAUAUGUGUGUGUGUGUAAGAGUUUUUUCUGUGAAUAUUCCUGAAUGAUUAAAAUACAGC